AUGGAAGUAAGAGUUAUUAAGAAUACUAGCUUUCCUGUUGAUCUCAAUACUGUUUUUAGUGAAGAUGAUAAAUUUUUAGGCACAUUUGAAUGUAAAGAAUAUCGUUUAACAAGAAAAUUCAUUGAAGGAAAGGGAAUAGCAAUGAGAUUAUAUUACAACCAUAUGGAGCCUAUAGUUAAACCUAAGAAAGCCACGCUAAUCAUUGUUCACGGAUUUGGAGAACAUUCAGGCAAAUUCUUAGAUUUCGGAGAAUUCUUUGUUCUAUAAGGUUUUGAUGUUCACUUCAUAGAUUUGAGAGGUUUCGGAUAUUCAGGAGGUGCUAGAGGUGUGUCUGUCAUAGAAGAUAUGAUAGCAGAUAUUGAAAUGUGCAUGAGAUAAGUUUAGGAAGGAUUGCCACUUUUCUUAUUUGGCCACAGCUUAGGAGGUUUAUUAGUGACAUCAUUAGGCGCAAGAAAUCCUCACAUAAAGAUAGCUGGUAUUAUAGCAAAUGCACCUCUUUUAGGAUUACCUAAGGAUAGAAACAUAGAUAUAUUUAAAAUGUUUACUUUAAAGUUAGUUGGUGAUUUUUUAGGAGAUAUUGUUGCUAAUUCUAUGAUUAAUCUUACAGCUUUAACAUAGAACGAUAGAUUUUUAAGAACAGCACUUGAAGAUAAGCUUAUGAUACCAUUUUUAGGAGCUAAAAUGGCAAAAAGUAUGCUUUGGGCUAUAGAAAUGAUUCAAUAACAGGCCAAAGAAUUCAAAUUUCCUAUUUUUGUAAUGCACGGCAACAGUGAUUUCGUUACCAACCACUUAGAUUCUAUUAACUUUUAUGAGAACUGCUCAAGCAAUGAUAAAAAAAUUAAGUUAUUUGAGGGUGGUUACCAUCAAAUGCAGCAUGACCAUUAAGUAGGUGAAAUACAAAAGCUAAUCGUUGAAUGGAUGGAUGAAAGAGUUCCUCAUUCAGUUAAGUUUGAUAAGAACUUUAAGGUGACUUACAAAUCUCACUUACAAGAUAAUUUUGCUAGAUCCAUUAAAAGAAAUAUAAUGAUUGCAGUGGCACUCGUAGUUUAUUUAAUCCUUUUGAAAAAAAUUUUAUAAAAAUUCCCAAGCGCUCCUUUACUUUAAAAAAUACUAUUUCCUCUAUUCUACUCAACUCUAAAAAAUUUAAAGUAAUGA